AUGAUAGCAGUAACUAACCUUAGCAAUCUCGUUAAGCGCUAUAAGUUCCUAAUAUUGAACAACCAUGAUGUCAUCGCUUCUUUAUUUUAUACUCUCUCCAGAAGCAAGAAAUGCGUCUUUUCAGAAAAUAAAAAACAAAAAAACACUUCAUUGUGGUACCAAGUCGAAUUAGAUUUGACAAGAGAUUUGAACACUGAUACAAAUCUUUUGAACAAAGUGUGGUAUCAAUCAGAAGAAAUUUUCCCUGUGAAUGGAAUUCCAGAAGCUAGACACAACAUUUUCUGGACUAGAGUUGACAAGACUUAUUUUAAAAUUGCAGGAAAACUGAAGAAUGUUAAAUUGGAGAGUUGUGUCAACACAACAUGUUUGCCAAGGAAGCCUAUUGUGACAAGAGUGGAGAAAGGAGUGGCAGCCAAUGUGUUUGUUGAUAACAAAGCUUACAGAGAAUUUUUGAACUCCAGAUUUAAUGCAACUGCUAUUGAUAUGGAAAGUGCUGCUGUUGCAUUAGUGUGCCUCCAACAAAAGAAACCCUUCAUUGCCAUUAGAGCUUUAUCUGAUUUAGUUGGUGGAGGUUCUGCAUUGUCCAAUGAAGUAAACGUUUUUGNCUCCUUAGCAUCUCAGAAUUCAUUUGAAGUUCUUGUCAAGUUCAUAUCCCUGUUAAAUUAG